AUGAUAAUGCCCCCGUGCACAAAGGCCUGCACGGAUGUGUUGUGCUGUGUCAUCUUCGUCAUCGUCAUCCUCGGCUACAUCGCUCUGGGCACCGUGGCCUGGAUACAUGGCGACCCCAGGAAGGUGGUCUACCCCACUGACAGCCACGGACAGUUCUGUGGACAGCAGGGGACCCCCAACGCCAACAAAGCCAUAUUAUUCUACUUCAACAUAUUGCAAUGUGCCAAUCCUGCCGUUCUCAUUAACCUCCAGUGCCCUACAACCCAACUCUGUGUCUCCAAGUGCCCAGACAGAUUUGCCACAUACCUAGACAUGCAGUACAACUACAGGUACAACAACAGCUACUGGGAGUAUUACAGGCAGUUCUGCAAGCCAGGCUUCGACAAUCCUAGAAAGUCAGUUGCACACGUCUUGAGAGAUGAGGACUGCCCAUCUAUGAUAGUGCCAAGCAGACCUUUCCUUCAGAGGUGCUUCCCUGAUUUCAUCACCAGGAACGGGACGCUAACUGUCGCCAACAAGACGGACUUCAAAGACGGGUUAGGUAAAACGAGGAGCGUGAUCGAUCUCAGGGACGCUGCCAAUGGCAUUACCAGUCUGCUAGAUGCCAAGGAGGUUGGCAUGAAGAUAUUUGAGGAUUACGCCAGCUCCUGGUACUGGAUCUUAAUAGGUCUGGUGAUAACCAUGGUGGUCAGCCUGGCUUUUAUCCUGCUGCUACGGUUCACAGCCGGAGUUCUCCUGUGGCUCAUCAUCUUUGGAGUCAUCGCUGUGGUGGGCUAUGGGAUCUGGCACUGCUACUGGGAGUUCAGUACACUGAGAGGGAAGCCACACAGUGAUGGUGAUGUUACCAUCGCUGACAUCGGCUUUCAGACGGACUUCAGUGUUUACCUGCAGCUCAGUCAAACCUGGCUCAUCUUGAUGAUCUCCCUAUCAGUCAUUGAGGCGGUCAUCAUAGUCAUCCUGAUAUUCCUGAGGAGGAGAGUACGCAUCGCCAUCGCUCUGCUGGAGGAGGGGAGCAGGGCCAUUGGUUACAUCAUGUCCACUCUCUUCUACCCGAUCAUCACAUUUGUGCUGCUGGCCAUCUGCAUAGCGUACUGGGCAGUCAUUGCUGUCUUCUUAGCGUCAUCUGGUGAUGCUGUCUACAAGGUCAUGUCGACGCAGGACAAAUGCAUGUAUGCCAACCUCACCUGUGAUCCAGAGACGUUCAGUCAGACCAACGUGACCACGGUGUGCCCGGGCUCCCAGUGCACCUUUGCCUUCUACGGCGGCGAGAGCCUCUACCACCACUACAUCUUUGUGCUGCAGCUGUGCAACGUGCUGAUGUUCCUGUGGCUGGUCAACUUUACUAUCGCCCUGGGACAGUGCACCCUGGCCGGGGCCUUCGCUUCCUACUACUGGGCCCUGAAGAAGCCCCAAGACAUACCAUCAUGCCCCUUGUUUUCCUCCUUUAGCAGGGCUGUACGGUACCACACAGGCUCUCUGGCAUUUGGCUCUCUGAUCCUGGCCUUGGUGCAGAUGUUUCGCAUCGUUCUAGAGUAUCUGGAUCACAAACUCAAAGGUGCUCACAAUGCUUUUGCCCGCUUCCUGAUUUGCUGUCUCAAAUGCUGCUUCUGGUGCCUGGAACAUUUCAUCAAGUUCAUGAACAGGAACGCCUACAUCAUGAUGGCGAUAUAUGGAAAGAGCUUCUGCACUUCGGCCAAAGAUGCUUUCUUCCUCCUGAUGAGGAACGUAGUAAGGGUGGCAGUGCUGGAUAAGGUGACAGACUUUCUCCUCUUCUUGGGAAAAGUGCUUAUUUCAGGGAGUGUUGGUGUUCUAGCAUUCUUCUUCUUCACCCGUAAGAUUCCAGUUAUUCAAGAGGAGGUGCCAUCACUAAAUUACUACUGGGUCCCCCUACUGACGGUGAUAUUUGGAUCCUACCUGAUCGCCCAUGGCUUCUUCAACGUCUAUGCUAUGUGUGUGGACACCUUAUUCCUUUGUUUCUGUGAAGACCUGGAGAGGAACGACGGCUCGCCCCUCAAGCCCUUCUACAUGUCCCCUCAACUGCACAGGAUCCUCCGCAGAGAGCAGGGCUCCAAGCUCUACACUUCCUCCUGA